AAGAAGGGAGGGCGGCGCUCAGUCAAAGGAGCAUUGAUGCUGCGGUCUGCAGAGCUGGGCCAGAAGCCUACCAGCGCUGGGCUCCAGUGACCCCUCUACCUCCUGCUCCGGGCUUUGCAACCACCACACACCAUGCACCCCCAAGGUCACGCUGCCUCCCCGCAGCUCCUGCUCGGCCUCUUUUUUGUGCUGCUGCUGCUGCUGCAAUUGCCCGCGAAGUCCAACGCCUCAGAGAAUCCCAAGGUGAAGCAAAAAGCGCUCAUCCGACAGAGGGAGGUGGUAGACCUGUAUAAUGGAAUGUGCUUACAAGGACCAGCAGGAGUUCCUGGUCGCGAUGGGAGCCCUGGGGCCAAUGGCAUCCCUGGCACUCCAGGCAUUCCAGGACGGGAUGGAUUCAAAGGAGAAAAGGGAGAGUGCCUAAGAGAAAGUUUUGAGGAGUCCUGGACCCCAAACUAUAAGCAGUGCUCAUGGAAUUCACUGAAUUAUGGCAUAGAUCUUGGGAAAAUUGCGGAGUGUACGUUUACGAAGAUGCGAUCCAACAGUGCCCUGCGAGUCCUGUUCAGCGGUUCACUUCGGCUAAAAUGCAGAAACGCGUGCUGUCAGCGCUGGUACUUUACGUUUAAUGGAGCUGAAUGUUCAGGACCUCUUCCCAUCGAAGCCAUCAUCUAUCUGGAUCAAGGGAGCCCUGAAUUAAAUUCAACCAUCAAUAUCCAUCGCACUUCUUCUGUGGAAGGACUCUGCGAAGGAAUCGGUGCUGGGCUGGUAGAUGUGGCCAUCUGGGUUGGCACUUGUUCUGAUUACCCUAAAGGAGACGCUUCAACAGGUUGGAACUCGGUGUCUCGCAUCAUUAUUGAAGAGCUACCAAAAUAAAUCCUCCGUGGCUUUCAUUCCCUACCUCUCGUGUUUUUAAAACCAAACCUUUGAAUGGUUCAUUUGAAUGACAUUCAAGAAAUCACUUUAUGUACCCAACUGAAUGAAAAUGCAGUUAAAUAUGUUUACAGACCUAAGUGUGAUCUCACACUUUAAAAUCCUGCAUUAUCCAUUUUGCUUUCACUAAGGUUUCCUCCAUUGGUUACUUCUUUUCAUGAUUCUGUUCUCUGAACCCAUAUAUCAGAAUGGCAUUAUGAUCUUUAGAAUUUCUUAUUUCCUACUGUCAACAUUUUUAAAAAUAUAAAAAUUACAUCAUUGUACAAGCUGUAAAUGUUUAAAACUAUUUUGUAUCUGUUAAAUAAAAUGUUUAAAACAGC